AUCUAAUCUUUUUGUUUUAAUUAUAGUUACUGUUAUGCUUUUCCCCCCACUGUAGUCUGUAUAGAUUAUGCAUAUGUGAAAAAUUUAUGAACACAAGUGGAGUUUCUUAAUGUUCCUUCAACAUUCAGAAAACAAUUUAAUGAAAACAAGUGACUUUGAUUUGCAUUCAUACAGAGUCCUGUAACGUUCUCUUAACAAGAGCAGCAUACAAAAGGACUGUACAACAAUGAUCUUUGGUUACAUUAUUCUCAUUAGGUCAAAGCAAACGUAGUAGCAACCUGACAUGAGCUUGUAAAACUUGUGAACUGUGACGAGGCUUAGUUGAACCUAAAUACCCUAUAGUUUUCCCUACUUUGCACUUAUAUACCUCCAUUUAUUUUUGGCAGCAGUUAUAUACCCUAAACUUUUUAAAACUUAUGCCCUAAACUUUUUAAAACUUAUGCCCGUAUAUGUCUCGGUUGUUUUGACAGCAUUUAUGUACACUAGAGUUUAGAACAUAAGGCAAUAUUAAAUGACUACAUACCCUGAGAAGCGUACAUGCAAAUAACCAUUAGAAGCAUUUCAUCGUCUAAUCCAAGAAAAUUUAGAGUGAACGUCGGAUCGCAAGUCCACUAUCACAACAUUAACCAUCCAACAGCGAAAUCCAACCAUCCAGACCCCUCCACAAAACACCUGAUUAAAUCUCCACCGUCCAAACCUCAGUCGCCCCCAUCCAACGGACAACAGCCCUCCACCAAACGGUCCCACUCCAACAAUCAUUCCCUCCUCGUGCACUCAAAACCAAGCCAGACUUUAUAAGCACGGCUACGGCCGCCUUUCUCUUUUUCGCCCCGACCUUUUUCUUUUCUUCUAAAAAUGGUAUAAAUUCUACAAAAACAAAUUCCAUAAAACCCCCCAAACUUUGAAAAAAGUCACAUCGGGCACAUUUCAAAAUAUUUUCUUAGCUCUCACUGUUCUGUAAUAUCGAUACAUUCUAAAUAUUUGAUCGAUUCUUUUCUGAACUUCAGGGGAUUUCGUGAAACGCCCCAUACUUUAAGGGGUCCUGUGUCAUUACCGACGUUUCAAGUUUUUUUUUUUAAUUUUUAAAUUUAACAAGAAUUACUUUAAACUGAAGUUGAAUAGAAAAAGAAAUGAAAAAGAAAUUCGCUUACCCGCCAAGCCACCAUCUUUUUCAUCUGAACUCAUAAUUGCUGUGGUGUGCUUGCUUGUUUACUUAAUUUCUUCAGGCUCCUUUUGUGAUUCAGAUCUAUUCAGGGUGUGACCACCAUUAAAUGAGUUCUGUGCUUCUUGUUGUUAUUUUGUUUCAAUAAAUGGGUAGAAGGGUCAGUGAAUCUGAGGAGGAGGAAGAAGAAGAAGAAGAGAAGGUUGUCAUGAGAUCAGGAGAAGAGGAGUAUGAGGUUUUGGAGCAAAUCGGCAGAGGAGCUUUCGGGUCUGCUCUGCUUGUUCUCCACAAGUCUGAGAAUAAGAAAUAUGUGAUGAAGAGAAUACGGCUAGCUAAGCAAACUGACAAAUUCCAAAGGACAGCCCAUCAAGAGAUGGCUUUGAUUGCGAGCCUAAACAACCCAUACAUUGUACAAUACAAGGAGGGCUGGGUGGACAAGGGAAGCUGUGUAUGUAUUGUGACUGCUUAUUGUGAAGGUGGAGACAUGGCUGAGAAAAUAAAGAAGGCAAGAGGAGCUCUUUUCUCAGAGGAGAGGGUAUGCAAAUGGCUUACUCAAUUGCUUCUUGCCAUUGAUUACCUGCAUUCCAACCGUGUGCUUCAUAGAGAUCUCAAGUGCUCCAAUAUAUUCCUAACGAAGGACAACGAUGUUCGACUAGGUGAUUUUGGACUUGCAACUUUGCUGAACGCAGAGGAUCUUGCCUCUUCAAUUGUCGGCACCCCCAACUACAUGUGUCCUGAAAUUCUUGCAGAUCUACCUUAUGGUUACAAAUCAGAUAUUUGGUCUCUAGGCUGCUGCAUGUUUGAGAUAUUAGCACAUCGCCCAGCCUUCAGAGCUCCAGAUAUGGCGGGUUUGAUCAACAAAGUAAAUAGAUCCUCUGUGUCUCCGCUCCCGACAGUUUACUCAUCUUCACUGUCAAACAUUUAAAUCAAAAGUAUGUUGAGAAAAAACCCAGAUCAUAGGCCAAAUGCCGCAGAACUACUGAGGGACCCUUACUUGCUGCCGUACGUUGCUGAAUCUUGUAAUCCUUCUCCAUUCUACCUCCCAAUAAAGCCUACUUCAGACUCCACUCCACAAGAAAAACGACCAAAGAAGCGAAGCAACGAGGCCAGGAUAUCUACAUCCAAACCAUCGGGAGACAGACGAGCGAUAGGCAAUGCUAACAAAAACCAAUCAAGCGAAGCCGCCGCAAACACGCCAAAACUCUCUGACGUUCACAAACCAAAUGGAGAUAAACCUGAGGAAGAAACUUCGACGGCGAGCACACUGACUGUCCUUCAAGGAGAGCGUUCCGCCGAGUGGGAUGGACUGAACGUCAUCCAGCAACGAGCUGAUGCAUUGGAGUCACUUCUUGAGCUGUGCGCAAAGCUCCUGCAGCAGGAGAGGCUCGAGGAGCUUGCGGGCGUGUUAAGGCCAUUCGGAGAAGAAGCAGUGUCGUCGAGGGAAACGGCGAUUUGGCUGACAAAGAGCCUUGUAACGCAGCCUAAGAUUGUAAAAGAAGACGACGGUUAAAACCGAAUAAUUCUGAGAGAAUGCAUGUCAAUAAUACUCGGUUGCCAUUAUUAUU